CUCUACAUGAUCGUCAAGCUCCUCAUCAAGGUGCUGCUGCCGGUGGCGCGCCCCUUGGUCUACGACGUGUUCUACGCCAUCGUGGGCUUCAAGAAGAACGAAACCUAUUUCGAACUCCCGAAUUUCUUGAACUCGAUCCCGACUGGUGGCUCCUGGGGCCAGAUCUUCCACUAUGUUCAAAAUGUGAACCCCAACACUCAAGGCAUCCGGCAGUACGACUACGGUGCCGCAAGGAAUCAGGAUGUGUACGGGGCGCCCGAGCCGCCGCUGUACAACUUGUCUGCCAUCCAGACGCCUACUCACCUCUACCUCGGACACAACGACAUUUUGUGCAGACCCCAGUGUUGCAGAAGCAGUAAUGCGAGAUUCUCAAGUGUCCACAUUCGCGUCCCGAUGCUGACUCCGAUGCGCGUGUCAAGUGGCGUGGGCGGCGUGAGCGGCACGGUGAAGCUGCUGGUGGCCAUCCUGGUUGUGUCCCUCAAGGCCCCGGCGGCGACGCCCUGGCCGUCGGGUGCGCUCGAGGUGGUGUCUGGGUUGCUUCGGAACGUGGGUUCCAAAGUGUCCGCUGCCGCCGCCACUACUCCAGUGAAAGAGGUGUCCGCCGCCGUCACCGCGCCAAUCACCGAGGCGUCCAGCGCCAUCGCUCGCACUACCGCCGACGUCGUCCUGGAGCAGCUGCUAAGAUGGCUGCCUGCGACCGAUGACAACGUCACCGCGAGUGAUCUGAUGGUCGACCUCGGGUACCCCAUGCAGACGCACUUCGUGACCACGCAAGACGGGUACCGGCUGCGCCUGGAGCGCGCGCCCAACCCCGGACGGCAGCCCGUCUUGCUGGCGCCAGGCUUGCAGCUCACCCCGGCUUGCUUCGUCCUACUCGGUCGCGGCAAGGCCCUGGCGCCUUUGCUUUACGACGCGGGCUUCGACGUAUGGAUGAUCAACUACCGUGGCACGAUCAAUUCGCGGGAGCACAUCAAGCUGUCAACAAAAAACGAGGAGUACUGGGACUUCAGCUGGCACGAGCAGGGCGUGUUCGACAACGCGGCCGCCAUCGACUACGUGCUGGCGCAGACCAGCUUCCCCUCCGUCAUGUACGCGGGGCACUCCAUGGGCGCCACGACGUUCAUGGCCAUGGCGGCGGCGCGGCCCGAGUACCAGCGCAAGGUGCGCGCUGCCUUCCACAUGGCACCGGCCGGUCCGAUGCACGCGCAGCGCAGCCCGGUGGUGGAGCUGCUGUACGUCCUCAAAAACGGCACGCAGCCCCUCGUGGAGGGCCUGGGCCUGCGCCGCACCAUGCGGCCGCUCUACAUGAUCGCCAAGCUCCUCAUCAAGGUGCUACUGCCGGUGGCGCGCCCCUUGGUCUACAGCGUAGUCUACUCCCUCGUGGGCUUCAAGAAGAACGAAACCUACCUUGAACUCCCGAAUUUCUUGAACUCGGUCCCGACUGGUGGCUCCUGGGGCCAGAUUUUCCACUAUCUUCAAGACGUGAACCCCAACACUCAAGGCAUCCGACAGUACGACCACGGUGCCGCGAGGAAUCAGGAUGUGUACGGGGCGCCCGAGCCGCCGCUGUACAACUUGUCCGCCAUCCAGACGCCUACUCACCUCUACCUCGGACACAACGACAUUUUAUGCAGACCCCAGGACAUGGCCUAUCUGCGCUCACAGCUGCCAAACGUCGUCAGUGUCCACUAUGACGAGGAUGCCACCUUCAACCACAUAGACUUCAUCGCAUCGAGAGCGGUCGGCGGCGGCAUGAACGCACGCAUCGUCGCCGACAUGCAGCGCUUGUACGGCCAAGCAGGCUAACAAGCCUAGCACGGCAUUUGAUGCAUAGCGAGCGACGAUUAAAUUCCUAAGAUUGAAUUCCUAAAAUCAAAUUUCCUUAAGUGUCACCAUGUGCCUCACCCUCCGUGUCACAGCGAAAUAAAAUAAAUAAGA